CAGUGACGAACCUGCACAUACCGUACGCCUGUGACAACCUGUCAGAUGGACUAGGACUGAAUUACAAGUGUACUGAAAACACUGCUAUAAAUGGACAACAGGAAUGCCAAAAAUAAUGGCAACGACCAAGUUGCCCCAGCUCUGCGGUUGCUAAUUGUGGGGCAGAAGCGGACAGGAAAGAGUUCAGUGGGCAACACAAUCCUGGGUAAGGAUGCAUUUAAUACAUGGGGUGGAGCAGACAGUGCUGUAGCACACGGAGAAUCUGAGGGCCGACAGCUGAUGCUCGUGGAUGCCUGUGGAUGGGGCACGAAUGAGAACCUGGUGCCUAAACAGGAGAAACUGGAGUUGUUUAACGCCCUGUCGCUGUGUGAGCCCGGACCCCACAUUCUGCUCCUGGUAAUUCCCUUACUGUACUUCAGUCACUCUGAGAAAGCGGCCCUACAGAAACGCAUGGAGAUCCUCACAGAGGGCGUGUGGCGCCACACCAUGGUCGUGUUCACCCUCGGGGACCGUCUGCGUGACUUCAGCAUACAGGACCACAUCCAGACAGCUGGGAAGGAUCUCCAGUGGCUAAUGGAGAAGUGCAGGUAUAGGUACCACAUUCUUAACAACAAGAUGCCCCAGGACAGACAGCAGGUCUCUGGUUUACUAGACCGUGCAGAAGACAUGCUGAUGGAGAACGGGGGAUGGCACUUCUCUCUGCACAUGUACUGCAGGCUGGAGGAGGAAUGGAGCCGAAGAGAGAGGGAAAUGAAGAGGAUACUAGAGAGACAAGAUGGAGUGGGGAAAACCGGUCGAGGACUGGCUGUGGUUCCUAAUCAUAGUCAAAAAGGUGGUCUGCAUGUGAACGAUACUCUAGUGAAAUUAGUUUACCAUGGCUAACUGCUGCCAAACAAAGUUACACGGCAUUGUUUCAGCAUGAACUCAAAGUGAACUUCUGUAAAUAUGUUUCAUCAACAAAGAUUUUAAGUUAAAACAUUUGUAUGUAUGCCUUCCUGCAACUGCUCACCAUUUAUUUCUCAUUUCACUUUAAAUGUGACCAUUUCACCAACAACAACUUUUUGAUUUAAUCUUUUUUCAAGCUAAUUUUAAGUGUGCCUGUGGUGUGACAAAUUAUUAAACAUAAAUAUUUAAUUUUUAAAUUUAUUAAGAGUUAAUAUUUAUUGAAAAUGUUCAUAAAAAGUCACUUAAUUCCAUUACAUAAUAUUAACAGAUACAACUUGAUUUGAAUAAUGAAUUAGUAAAUAUUAAAAUGAACAUUAACUAAGAUUAAUAAAUGCAUUAUAAGUAUUGUGAGUUUACGUUAACAAAUGUAGCAUUGUUAGUUCUGGUUAACUAAUGCAGUUAAAUAAUGUUAAAGGGAUAGUUCACCCAAAAAUGAAAA